AUGUGUACCGAAAAUCCAAACUAUCACAUCUGUAAUCCAAAGCAAAUAAUUCGUGCUGCUUUAUCACAUGAUUUUAUAUCAUUAUUUUGCGAGAAAAAUUCGGAUGGAACCAGACACUUGCGGUUAAAAGGGAAGGAUUUGUUUCAACGAAUGGGACGGCGAUUAAAGGACCAUGAUAUGCCUGAAAUAGUAAAAUACUUAAAAUUAACCCCGACAGUAACCAGCAUAGAUUUUUGCUACAACGAAAUCGGCGACUCUGGGUUGGAAAUUUUGGCCAAAACUUUUUUUAACGGGGAGAACGAUUUGAGUUACAUAAAUUUUAUGCACUGUGACGUAACAGGAAGGGGUUUAGGAUAUCUAAACGAAAGCGAGUUUUUCAAUUUGAAAGAAAUUAGACUGAAUGGCAACCCACUGGGUCCACAAAGCGCAGGUCUAAUUUUUAACUUGCUGCAAAAAUGCAGUGACCUAACUUACCUUGAUCUAGCAGAAUCCCAACAAACCUUUGAGAGCAUAGCGGCCAUUUGUAGUUUUGUUGAACGUAGUCGUGUUAAAAUUUUGGAUGUCUCUCGUGUACUUCCCAAAGACCCUAUGUACAUUAAUAAUUCACCUGCGUUGGCCAAUGAUAUUGGUUAUCUUUUGGAUAGAAACACUUCAUUGUUGGAAAUUCAUCUACAAAAAUGUGACUUUAUUGGACAUGAUAUGGAAUUAUUAAUGUAUGGACUAGAGACCAAUAAGCAUUUGAUAAUGCUUGAUGUUGGUUGUAACAAUAUUGGAAAUUACGGUUUAGAGGUUUUGGCGAAAUGGUUAAAAACGAAACCACCUCUAAGAGCUUUGAAUGUUUCUAAUAAUCAAAUUGGAGAAAUAGGUGCGAGAGCUCUUGCCUUAGUACUGCCGUUUACCAUUAUAAGACUUUUGGAUAUAACAAAUAACCAUAUAAAUGAUAUCGGUAUGAACCACUUGCUUUUUUCAUUAAAAAAACCCGAUAGAAUCCGUUUGUUAUACAUAUGGGGGAAUCCUUUUGGUGAAAAAACUAAUUUGAUACUUGAUAGAUUGUUUAAGUCGGGGGUUUUACUUCAAGAACACACGGAUGUAAAAGUUUACCAUGUAGAUGGAGUGGCUUAUCAAGCUUACUACCCAUCAAAUCAUUACAAGCACAAAUAUUAUUGCGUCAUGGACCACGGAUGCCCAGUGGAAUUAAAGAUAAAGAGAAACAAGGUUGCGGAUGAAUUCUCCCAACCAAGAGCACUUAUAGACUUAAAGAACUACGAUAGAUAUCCACCUGUUAACUUGAAUCUACCCAAAAGAUACCCUUGCUAUGAUUUCUGCGACUCAACUUGUCUGGAUUCGAAAUAA